AGUCCGGACGAGCUCGUUUCCGCUUGAGCACAACGACUUGAAACUUCUGGCCCUGGACGGCUAAAUCGCCCCGGAAUGGUGUCGACACGGUCGGUUACAUGGACCUGCCUGCUCAUCCAGCUCGUCCUGUCCGCGGCCUGCCUCGUCGCGUCGAUGGCCGUAAUUGCUGCGAAGCUGCAGUCCGUGUCCAUUUACGAGGACAAGCAAUAUGUCAGUCUCGAAUGGUGGGCGUUCUCGUGCAUGAGCUUCGCGAUGAUCCUUGCUACUGUGAUUUCGAUGUUUGGUCUGUCUGGAGAGCGAAAAUCUCUACUUGCACCACAUCUAUUUCUGCUCUUUGUAUUCUGUCUGUUUGUUGCCCGAGUGAUCACUUCGGUAAUAUUAGAGUUUGACUUCUCUGAACCAGAUUGGGUGCUACGAAUCUCGAUAUUAGCUGUAGCUGAGGUGUUUUUGGUCUGUUCGCUGCUUUGUGAAUUCCAAACGCUCAAUAGUGUUAUGUCAUAA